AUGGCGGGGUCAGAACGAAAGCUGAAACUGUGCGAGCGAUGCACUCAAUUACCGCUUCAGACUCUUUUCACCACACCGCGCACUCUACACAAGCUGGAUGAUGUGGACGUGCAGCUGGGCACAUUGAGAGAGAUCUCGACCAGCAGAGAGUGCAGGCUCUGCGGUCUUCUCAAAUACACGAUCGAGCAGCACUACGGCGCUCAGUAUGUCUUGAGCAAGCUCAAUGAGCAGCGCGGCUGUGUGCUGGUCUGCAACCAAUCGCCACAUGAUCUCCAAAAGGACAUCAUCAACGACCCUGGGCUGGACCCAAACGAGCGCAUUGCCCUCUACUUGGAGCUGCACACAUCCUACCCCGUCCUGGAGAGGUUGGAUAGAGACACCGGGGAUGAGUACGAGGCUGCUAGGAUCGCUCCCAAGAUUCAUCUUCUUCUCGAUGAUGAUAGCGGGUCAAAUGAGACUCAAUUGGCUCUGUUCGGCCGUCAGGUUGCGACUGAUGCCAUAGAUUGGCAUCACGUUUUGAGAUGGCUGGACAAGUGCGAAGCCAAGCACGGAUCAGAGGCAUCUAAGGCUCAUUUAUCCGAGGACACUCUCACGACGAGGCUUUCGGGGCUCAGUCUGGACUUCCAGCUGACCGUCAUUGACGUCGCCCGUGGCUGCAUCAUGCCUCUUCCAGAGGGGGCCAGAUACAUUGCCCUCAGCUACAUGUGGGGCAAGGACCAAAAGAUGAAGCAAAACCUGGCCAACCGAGACGCCAUGGCUCAGCCUGGAUUCUUUGAUCAGGAGAACAAUCGCCCCUCGACUACCAUAGUCCAUGCGAUGGAGGUCACGCGCAAGCUCGGCUGUCGGUACGUGUGGAUCGACGCGCUCUGCAUCACCCAGGACGAUAUGGAGAACGUGCUCCAGAACGUGAACAGGAUGGACCAAGUCUACGAGGUGGCGUGGUUGACCAUCGUAGCCGCCGCAGGCAUCGAUGCUGACAGCGGACUUCCCGGAGUGGACAAAGCUAUCCCCCGUACCAAGGCUCAGAUGCAGAUAGACAUCAACGGGCUGAAAAUCGCAAACAUGCUCGACAGUCAUUCCGACGCGAUCAACUUUUCCAGGUGGAAUUCACGCGGCUGGACAUAUCAGGAACGUCUAUUAUCAAAGCGGCUAUUGACGUUCACAGAGUCUCAAGUGUACUAUGUAUGCGACCAGGGCUGUUACGGACGGGAAGACCUGCAUCCUGACGAUGGCACGGCCAUGCUGACAGACUUUGACGCUCGUUAUAGCCUUGACUACGAGAUUCAAGACUUAUUCGAGGCGUACGGCAUGUCAGUUGCAGAGUACACCAAGCGAAACUUCACUGACCCCAAGGACAAGAUCAGGGCACUUCUGGGAGCCCUCAACCGCCUGACCGGACCCUUCCGUGGGCCAUUCUACUUUGGAAUACCAUCUACCCUGUUUGAUGUCGGCUUGCUCUGGACCCCGGUCGGUACGUGCACACGAGACAAGACGUUUCCGUCUUGGUCAUGGGCCGGCUGGGUGGGACCCGUGCGCUAUCAAAAGAAGGACAGCUUCACGAACAUGGGCGAGUGUACCGCAAGCCAGUGUCUUGUCGAAGCGAGCGGAGGUGUUCAGCUGUGCCAUACGGUGGAGUGCCCGACAAAGGAUCGCGAAGCUUCCAUGGUCGGCGCCACGGGCGAAGUGUGGCAGAGGCACGUCGAUGAAGACACACUAGGGGCAUACUACACGCUUCAGCCCGAGAGCCCUGAUGCGGAGGCCAUUCGCUAUCCCCGGCCGCUGAGACUCGUUGGGGAUCCGGAGGCGCGCCUCCUAGCCGCAGAUAAAGAAGGGACAUUGACUAUACAGGGCAAAGUAGCAGAGUUCAGAUUGACGGACCAGCAUACGGACAUGUUUGUCCUCCGAUCUGGUUGCGACAAUGGCCGGCAUCUACUGUGCCAUCUUGCCGUUUUCAAUUCGCAUGGCAACGUAGCUGGCACAGUCUUUGUUGAUGGCAGCUUCGUGCCUUAUCUCAAGGACAAGACACACAGUUUCUUGGCACUAUCGCGUACAACCCUCAACCGGACUGACGUCGAUCCUUCAUGGGACGAUGACGAGCAGUACUUCAGGUCCUGGCAUCACCCAGAGAGUGGAACUGUCGCGGACCCCGACUCCUAUGAGUCUUACAAUCGUGAGCCAUUUGACUUGAGAAUCUUCAAGGAUUACAAGUAUUGGCCGGUAUUCAACGUGCUGCUGUUGUCUGCGCCGGAUGAAGACGGGAAAGUUGAGAGACUAGGUAUCGGGAAGAUUCAUGUAGACGCAUUUUUGCCUGUGGCUGUUGAUGCAGAGAUCAAACUGGGCUAA